AUGUUCGUAGUCUGCAUUUGGGCAAAAGGGCAACAGAUACGAAAGAAGCUUGACCUGCCUCCCAAGGAUUUCCAUAUUACCCUCUCGAAACAUGACGUGCAUGACGCUGAGAAAGGUAUAACAAGUCUCGUUUCAGGAGCAUUCCCGGAGAAGCCUUCUCUAGAGCUCCUCGAUAACCUCGUAUAUACCCUACACCUGAAGGAGGACUUCUUCAGUGCCCAGGAAUAUGCUAUCGCAUUAUGUUUGCAAUACCCGCACUCGCCAACAGGAUCUAUUGGGCUUUGGGAUACUGCUCUGAAAUUGGGCAUGCACAAGCUGUCGAUGCUGGCUUUUGCUUGUGCGUUCGCUAGGUUGGAAGACUCAAAUGAUGAUUCCGCAAAGUAA